UGUCCAUGAACGCAGCACCGACAGGAGUCGGCUCUCUGGUUACACGAUGGCGGCCGCAACUCGCGGAGGAGGACAACUUGUACGUUCCGACCAGGAAACUGCAUUGAGGCGACGGCAAUAAGUUGGAGAUUCGAGCCAGAGCGAGGGCAGCGCAUGACAACGCGGGGCUGUGGGCCAGGGCCGGGGAUUUUUCCGUGGAUCCGAACAGGGGGCGCAGAAGAAUAAAGUCCCCCUUGUUUUUUCUUUUUCCUCUGACUGUCACUUAGCCGGUUAGCUGGUGAAAGAUAAGGCAGCUCACCGAGUCGCUAGUAGUGGAACGACGGGGAUUAGCGCCUUGCGAGGGCGACUAAAAUGGCAUUUGGUUCCCACUUGGUAAGCGAGCUGGUCGAGAAGGGUGCGCGGAGAGCCUUCCGGGGCCCGGUUGAUAAGUUUGCGAGCACUCAUUAGCUUAGCUGCCGAGCCUAGCCUCCUAGCCGCGUUAGCGCUUGUCUUGUCCACUUUACUACUGGCGAUCUUGCCAAUUAGCAACCCCCUCCCCGUGGUUUGCACUGCUAACCCCGACCAGUGAGUGUCUUUUUUUUUUCCAAACAUAAAUUCAAGGGAAUUACUUAAUGGGAGGACGGAAGGGAUUUAACUCAUCUACCUGGCAAACAUCUUAAUUCUCUAACUGCGUUCCGUGGCUGCCUUUUGCUUGGUGACUUGUUUUUUCGAAAGAGUUCUAAUUGCAAAUCUUAACCCCCCUACUUACAUAAAAAAUAUAUAAAACAAAAAACAAGUGAAUCUGUGCAGUUGCAUUGCAAAAACAGGCGCCAAGACGUUGCGUUGACUACCCCCCACCCUCCCAUAGAUUUAUCUUCGCCACACGAAAGUAAUCAAGAUUGUAUUUGUAGCACAGCAGCAACCUUCCCUCUCUCCUUGCUUCAGCACUGGAAUAGUUUGAUGGACGUGGGGGGCUGUUUGCCAGACUGUCCCUUCUAUACUCAGUCAUGCAUGUCCUGACACAUGGCACUCCUCACCCGACUGUCGUUAUGCACAUGGACUGGCAUUGUUUUUCUACCUGAGCUGCGCGCAACGGACGAUGUUUGUUAGCUAGUGCCUCACCCUCCCUCACAAAAUAAAGCAGGAGACUAACCACAGCGCCUGAACGCAAGCCCCAGAUACAGUUGAUUAUUCAUUCGGGGGAUCGGAACACGACGCCUGCCACUCUGGAUCAAGAAAACCUGUCCCUCGUGUCCGGUUGGAGUAACACUCUCAAGCCAAAAUCAAUGCCUUCAGCGCUUGCCGUAUUCGCCUGCCGACCCAACUCGCACCCAUUCCAGGAGAGGCAUGUGUACCUGGACGAGCCCGUCAAAAUCGGUCGGUCGGUGGCUCGCUGCCGACCGGCGCAGAAUAACGCCACCUUUGACUGCAAAGUGCUGUCAAGGAACCACGCUCUGGUCUGGUUUGACCACAAGACUGGCAAGUUCUACCUGCAGGACACAAAAAGCAGCAAUGGCACCUUUAUUAACAGCCAGCGAUUGAGUCGGGGCUCUGAGGAGAGUCCGCCCUGCGAGGUCCUCUCGGGCGACAUCAUCCAGUUUGGCGUGGACGUCACAGAGAACACGCGCAAAGUCACACAUGGCUGCAUUGUGUCAACAAUCAAACUCUUCCUGCCCGAUGGGAUGGAGGCACGCCGACGAAGCGAUGUCAUCCAGGCUCCGCUGCCGCUGCCUGUAGACAAGGUUGCAGCCAACACUCCCAGCAUGUAUUCUCAGGAACUGUUCCAGCUCUCCCAGUAUUUACAGGAGGCCUUACACCGAGAGCAGAUGCUGGAGCAGAAGCUUGCCACACUGCAGCGUCUGCUCUCCACAACUCAGGAGGCCUCAGAGAGCAGCUGGCAGGCUCUGAUUGAUGAAGACCGUCUGUUGUCCAGACUAGAGGUGAUGGGCAGUCAGCUGCAGGCCUACUCUAAGUCCCAGACGGAGGAUGGCAUUCGUAAGGAGCUGCUGGCCCUGCAGGAGGAUAAACACAACUACGAGACCACGGCCAAGGAGUCUCUCCGGCGGGUCCUGCAGGAAAAGAUCGAGGUGGUCAGGAAGCUGUCGGAGGUGGAGCGCUCGCUCAGCAACACGGAGGAUGAGUGCACUCACCUGAAGGAAAUGUCCGAGCGGGGCCAGGAGGAGCUGAGGGAGCUGGCCAAUAAGUACAACGUUGCCGUCAAUGAGAUCAAAGAGCUCACUGACAAAAUCAAGGCAGCGGAGGGCCGCCAAGAGGAGCUGACCCAGCGGGGGGCGUCGGAGAAGAGGGAGCUGGAGCUGCGCAUCGAGGAGAUGGAGGAGAAGGAGCAGGUUCUCCAGGCCCGCAUCGAGGCGCUGCAGGCCGACAACGACUUCACCAACGAGAGGCUCGCUGCCCUGCAGGUGCGCUUAGAGCAGCUCCAGGAGAAAAGCGUUAAGGAAAACAACAGUCUGGAUGAAGACAAAGCCUCCCCUGAAAUGGUGGCUCCCGCAGAGGACCGGCCCGUCGAGGACCAGCCGAACUCGGAGCCGCCUAAGAUCCGCGUGGAAGAGGAGGACGAGGAUGAUGAAGAUACAGACACUGACGAUGGAGCAGUUGGAGGAGAUGUGGAUGACAACUGUCACAUUAACAACAGUGGAGGAGACACCACUCGAAUCCAACAGUUGAUCGAGUGUCCGCCAGUGAAGCAGCUGAAGGAAGCAGUCAGUUCGUCCAUCCACAAACUGGCCAACUUUGAUGAUGCCCACCUGCAGAACAACCAGACGGCAGGAGACGACAUCCUGACCAGCCCGGACCGACUCAAAAGAAACCAGAUGGAUGCCAAAGAGUCAGACAUGUCGGAUACGCUGAGCCCCAGCAAAGACCGCAGCAGUGACGACACGUCAGAUGGCAACAUGGACGAUCAGGAGCUCAACGAACCUCUCAACAGAGUCUCUCUGCUCAAAGCCGAGUUGCUUCGGGCCGGCUUGGAGCCCGGCGAUACGGAGCAGGUCAUCCACCACCUCCACAGGGAGCUUCUGGAGGCCCAGGAAUUAUCCAACACCGGCAAACAGAAAUGUCUGGAGCUUCAAGCUCUGCUGGAGGAGGAGAGGAGGAAUAACUCGAAACAGACGGAGGAGUCGACUAAACAGAUCCAGUACCUGCAGACUCAGCUUGGGAAGCUGCAGGCCGACAUGGAGGCUCUGAGAGAGCAGAGGGAGAAGACCAUUUGUAGCACCAGAGAGGAUCUCUACUCCGCCCAGGAGGAGAUCCUCGUCCUGCGGCACGCCGCGGAGGCGGCCACGGCCGAGCGCGAGCGGGACAUCGCCGCCCUGCAGGAGGACUUGGGCAGCGUGCGCUGCGAGCUGGAGCGCUGGAGGAGCACGGCCGCCAAGUCCGAGGAGGAGAUCAGCCGGCUGCAGGAAGAUUUAGCGCAGCAGCAGCUGCAACGCAGCAGCGCCAGUCAGCUGCAAGUGGAAUGUGCGACACUGCAGCAGCGGUGUGCGUCUUUGCAGCAGGACUGUGACAGCCUGAGGGAGGAGAGGACAACUCUUACAGACAAACUGCACCGCCUGGAGGCCGAACUGUGCAGCACCAGGGCUCAGAGUCUGGUCCUCAGCAACAGUCUGGAGUCCCUGGAGAAGCGGGAAGAGCUUUUGCAGGGCAAGCUGGGUUCUUUGGAAAACCGGCAACUGCAGGACGAGAGCCGGCUGAAGAACCAGCUGGACCAGGCCCACGACCGCACGGACUCUCUGCAGAAAGAGUACGAAGACAUGCAGUCGCAGUUGUCGGACCUCCGUCAGCGCUACGAGAGGACGGAGCGGGAGAAGACAAACAUACACCAGGAGCUGGAGCAGUGCAGGAGCAACCUGAAGCUGCUACAGGACAAGAACAGCUCUGGCGGCUGGAGCCCCUGGAUGCCGGUCAUCGCAGUGAUGGUCGCCGUGACGGCAGCCAUCAUCUACCCCAACCUCUCCAAGAGCAGCUCGGCCUAAAGCGCUCGGUGUCACGCGCACGCACGCAUGCACACACGCACGCGGUUUAUUUGGGGGGGGGGGGGUUUCUUGUGUGAGCCAGACAAUGUCCUGUGAUCAAGGUGGGAGGUUAAUGAUGAUACUACACAAUCCUACAGAAAAGCGUGCGCACACACAUUCACACUCACAAACAUGUAUGGGCGUUGUUUGAACAGUGCACCACUGCUUCACUUGUAUAAAGUCAAAUUGUACAUAAUUGUAGAGGGAAUAUCAAAGGUUGUGGUUUCUCACAGACUUAUUUUGUCGAGCGGCGGGAAGUUUAGUUUAUUAUUUUUGUUGUUUUUGUCGUUAUUAAUCAUUUGUGCUCUCUCUCAGCUGUGUUGUGUUUUUUGUUUUUUUCCUCCUCCAUUGUUUUGGUCAAAUUUCUGGCGAGCGAACCGAGCUUCCACACACACGCACAAAAAA